UUUACGCACAAGUUUUGACUGGAGAGGAAAUAAAGAAAUAAAUAAGGGGGUUGGAAAUUGGCCUAUCGGCAAUCUCAAAAUAGAAAUACUCCCUUUGUGAGGAGAUUCUGAGGCUUGGGGGUAAAAAAAAAGAGCGCAGCAGAUAAUGGAUGCAGCCAGCGCGGAUCACAGAGGAGCUCUGCGCUCAUAGAUUAAAAGGAGAAACCGGGCGAGGAAGAGGAGAAGGUGAAGGACAGCAUCUUUUUUGAAGGCUGAUAUCUAUUUUUAAUGUUCUGGUUUCGUUUUUCUGGACCUUCUCGGGGUGAUUUUUGCGCACAUUGUCUCGUUGAUGCACUGACGCGCAGAUUUGUUCCCAUUUUUUCCGCUUUGGAUGAAUUCAAACCAUCUUUUGAUGUGAAGAUCUUCUGCUUUUUAUUCAUUUUUUUGUGCGCCGCAUGAAUUCUCUCACCGGAUCCUCGUCGGUGAACGCUGCUGCCUCCUUCCUCCUCCUCCUCCUCCACCUCCUCCUCCUCCUCUUCCUCACAGAGGGCACUACCCUCCUCCCCGCCGUUAAAGACAUUUUGAUCGUCCUCCCCGGUUCCCCCCACCCGGACAUCACUCCGCCUGCCUUCCCGUUCACCACCUCCUCCUCCUCCUCCUCCUCCACCACCACCACCACCUCCUCCUCCUCCUGCGUAACAUGUCGGGACAGUCUUUGACGGACCGGAUCGCCGCCGCGCAGCACAGCAUGACCGGUUCUGCCAUCAGCAAAGCCGUCUGCAAGGCCACGACGCACGAAGUCAGCGGACCCAAGAAGAAACACCUUGACUACCUGAUCCACUGCACCAAUGAGCUGAACGUCAGCAUCCCACAUCUGGCAGACACGCUGCUGGAGCGCACAGCGAGCAACAGCUGGAUUGUGGUUUUCAAAGCACUCAUCACCACACACCACCUCAUGAUGUACGGCAACGAGAGAUUGAUGCAGUACCUUGCCUCCAGAAAUACACUCUUCAACCUCAACAACUUUCUAGAUAAGGCUGCAUUACAAGGAUAUAACAUGUCAACCUUCAUCAGACGCUACAGCUGCUACCUGAAUGAAAAAGCCAUGUCUUACAGGCUAGCAGCAAUGGACUUCACCAAGAUGAAGAGAGGGGCCGAAGGAGUGAUGCGCACCAUGAACACAGAGAAGCUGAUCAAAACUCUGCCCAUCAUUCAGACCCAGCUGGACGCGCUGCUUGAUUUCCAGCCGAACUCCAACGAGCUGACUAACGGGGUGAUCAACACCGCUUUCAUGCUGCUGUUUAAAGACUCCAUACGAUUGUUUGCUGCUUACAACGAGGGCAUCAUCAACAUGUUGGAAAAAUACUUUGACAUGAAGAAGAACCAGUGCAAAGAAGCGUUGGAGAUCUACAAGACCUUCCUCAACAGGAUGACCAAACUGUCUGAGUUUCUCAAAGUGGCGGAGCGAGUUGGGAUAGAUCAGGGCGACAGCCCCGAUCUCACACAGGCUCCUAGCUCCCUCCUGGAGGCUUUGGAGCAGCAUCUAGCUUCUCUGGAGGGCAGAAAGCUGAAGGACUUGUCUACUGCCAGCAGAUCCAGCACCUUGUCCAGCACGGUGUCGUCCCUCUCCAGCGCUGGGAUCUCUCUCAGUCGUAUGGACGACAAAACAGAAGACAACCGGCUGCAGCAGCACAAGGAAGAUGGUCACAAGGUCAUUGAUAUUCAGACGCCCAACAUUUCGCCCAGCACCCAGUCAGUGGGCAGUGCCAACAGCAGCGGAGGAGCGCCGGAUCUCUUUUCCAACUCGCCCAUCGUUACCAUCAAUAAUCAUGUGCCAAACCUGACCAGCGAGCUGUUCACCCUGCAGCCUCACUUCGCCCCCAUUCAGACCACACACACUGUGCCCAACAACAACAAUGCUUGGGGAGGUGACCUACUAAAGCCAUCUCCACCUACUCAGAUUCACAGCCCAGGAGCCCAACUGCACUCGGGGAAAAUGCUGCCCAACGAUUUGGACUCCUCGUUAGCAAAUCUGGUUGGCAACCUGCAGUUUGGGGGAACGCCAGCUAAAAAGCCAGAGCUCCAAUGGAGUCAGCUGGUAGAGAAGAAGCCCACAGGAGGAAGCGGCUGGCAGUCAAAGACCAUGUGCACCAGCACUAACUGGACUCACACUACUCAUCCCAUGGCACCUGCACCCAUGCCUGUCCCUCAGAUGAAUGGGAUGAUCUAUACUGGAUAUGCUCCAGCGCCUGUGGCUUUUCCUAUGACAACACCCCAAGUGCCUGUGUAUGGAAUGCUCCCUCCUCAGAUGAGUCAUCAAAUGGGAGGCGUUCCUAUGAUGCCCGCACAGACCGUCAUGUACAACCAGCCUGUCCUGAGACCCACCAAUCCCUUUGGACCCAUCCCGGGAACACAGAUGCACUUCAUGUAGGGAUGAUGGUGUAACCAUGGCAGCAAAGCUGAGAGGAAAGAGAGGAAGAGUCGACGGCGAACACGAAUCCAGCGCAGGGGAACGACAGCAGAGGCCAAAGAGGGAAAGGGAGGAGAGAGGACCAGAGGAUGGAGAAAAGAUGAAAUGCUGAUGUCAGUGUCAUGUCACCUGAUCCUCUAAUCUCCUCUCCUCUUUCCAUGUGGCUUCUAAUCUUGGUUUCUGAACCUAUAAGGAGUACAGUGCCGUGGCACCAGACAUCAGUCCAACUCAUCCUGUUUGAUUUGCCACCUCAAGUGGCAGCUACGACCUCCGCUGAAGCUACAGACUUGACAGCGACAUGGAAGUUCUGAAGAUACUUUGCCACCUCGAAGCUCACUAAUAAUUUCUUUCACGAAGGCUUACCUACAUCAUCAAGCUGAACCAGGCCUGGAGGAAGCACAUCUCUUUCUCUGGAUGGAUUGUUUGCUGGCACUUUACUAAAUGUGAACUUUGCCAAGGGUGUGAUUCUGUGUAGAAGAUUUUAGCAUCUAGUUCAGAUUGGUUUCUGGUUGCAUCAUUCAUCGCCUGAUGUCAGAAGUUUUUAUUUGAAUGCGUGCGUGCGUGCCCCUUUUUCUAAUAUUUUUUUCUCUUUAUAAGCUCCAUUUGUUCUUAAAUGCGUAAAACAAUGAUUUGUGAGCACGCUUGUGUGACUGUAGACGGACGUAGAUGUUUAGUGUGUGAAAUGUUUCUCUGUAGGUACCUGAUGUCAUUACUGUGUUGCCAGGUGCCAAUGUGUUACUGCACUGGAACUAACUGAUGGAAGCACUGAGCCAGACCCAGUUGUUGCAUUUGGAUGUAAACAAACCUUUCACGCUAACUUUUGCUCUUUGGGGAUGUGCUGUACACACUGUUUCUUUUGUUGUUUCUGUUUGCAGCCGUGCAAUAUCGUGCAAAUCCCAGUAUCGUCUUUCUCAUAUCUGUAGCCUGUUUAGAAGCUUUUUCUGCUGUAGCAUUGUACUUUCUCAGUGUCAACAUCCGGUUUUUGUACAGAUUUUUUUUAAAUUCUACUGGGUUAUUUUAUAGCCUGCUUUGUUGCACCUUUUUCUGCUCUUAAGGCAGUAAUUUAAAGGGUGACUUUCAGUCUAGCUAGUUAGAAAUGUUCUUUCCUUCCUGUCUUGAGCAUUUGUCCUGUCCAAAUUUAGCAUCAAAGUCUGUUUCCACCUCAAAAAAAGCUUAGGUUAGGGUAGUCACUAUGGCACAUGUCCGACCCUCUAUGCAGAGGACAAACGGCGGUAUUUUGGGAAGGUUUGUUUAUCCGGUCCUAACAUAUACGGACAUGACAGCUAAAGGUCACAGAGUUAAGUCCAGAACCAACGGAGGGUAAUGUCUUUACAUCAGAAUGCUGGUAAUGCCUGAAGUGACGUGUACAGAUUAACUCGGACAGCCGGAGACGAGGACGCUUUAAUGAGGCAUUAAACAUUAAUGUGAAUUUUCGAGCAGACCCAAGGUCAAGUGAGACCCACAGUUGGUGAUAAUAUAUAUAAAUAUAUAUAUAGCACAAACCUUCAGAGAGGGGACAAAGCUCUGCUGCACAAACACCUAAAAUCAUUGCUGCGAUGUACAUUUGAAAGGGGCAAUAAUUGAUUGGGGAUUAAGUCGUUUUCUAUUGACUGUGUCUGUUCUAUGUACAUGUACUGUGUGUGUGUGUUUAUGGGCACACGCCUUUGCAUAGAGAUAAACAGGGUCAUGUCCUUUGGUUUGACAUGAAGGAUCUCUAAGCGAGUCGGUGUACUAACUUAGCGUUGUGUGUUUUUGUGACAAUGUCGGUCUGUAAAAACACAUCGACCCACGGUGGCUUAAGGAUCACGGGCAAACUUGGGAGUUCAAAUAAACGUGAGGCGAGGCAACUAAAGCUGAACGAGCUGGUUAUUUCUACAACAUAUAAGCGGUAGAUGUCGUCUAAUGUUGCUCGUUUGGUUGAUAGUUUUUCGUGGGCAAAGGUUGAACUGUAACGCCAGUCUUCCUGAUGCAAUGGCUCCCCACAGACGCUACUGUUGCAGACCAAUCGGACACAAAUCCCCUAAAACUUCACCAAUGAAUGACCAUCUAAGAAAUCAUCCGUCACCAUUAUUUGAGUGGUUUGUCUAUGUCAGCUGGAGGCUACCGUCAUUCACGCACUUCAGCGCCACUACGCAACUCAAUCCGUCCUGGGCCAACCUCUGACUGUUACUGUGUCCCCUCUGUAUAUAGGUAAUAAUGUUCAUGUGUUUUUAGACGUACCCUCUCUGUAAAGUGAUCGAAGCCCCAUUGGAUGACAUUUUCUUGCCGUAUCUGUGUUUGAAUGGUCGUAUUUUUGGACGUGUCAUCAUCCAGGGACGGGAGGGGGAGGGGAGGGUCGAUGUUUGUAACGUUCGUGUCCAUCGCCACUAGGAAGUUUAGGAGUUUGGGUGGGGGUGGGUGGGGAAUCAAGGGCAAACUCUCACAUCUGGUCUAUACCAAGAGUGUCUUCAUUGAGGAAGUGGACAGGACAGGGUCUGUCCUCUUCAAAACAGGAACAUUUUUUUGCACCAAAGUCAUCAUCAAAGCGCAGCUUCUUCUUCUUCUUCUCCAAGGUCACUAAGGAUGGAUGAAAAACAGAACAAUUCCACAGAUUUUGUUCCUUUUAUUUUGAAAAGAAACAGUUUCUUUUGCAUGAUUAAGUGUUGUCUUUUUAUUGGCUUGUGUGCCCGGUAAAAGCAUGACCAUUGUGUGAACUCUCUCUUACCGGCGUGUUUGGAAUAUGUUAAGGAAAUUUCACAAUUUUUUUGUUUUUCUUUUUUUUUUUCUUUUUACUUACCUCCUGACAUGAAAUCUCAUUGACAUUCAUAAUCAACUGUUUUACAAUGUAGAGUCUGUAACUGGUUGAAGGCUGCCUUGCAUGGAGAAAUGUAACUUGCAAGAAACCCAUCAACUUCAACCCAAGUUACCCAAACUGCAUUUCUGUAAAACACCAUGGAUGUCAAUGCCAGUGGUCACCUAGCUAGCUAGACAUUGCAGUCUUGUAAAGAAAUUUGCUCUUUAUUAAAGCGUUGCUAUUUUCAAUAAGUGUGUUUGAAUGCUCACUCCUUUGUCAUAAUAAACCAGCAGCAUCAUGGGGGGGCUGGGGUCGACUCAAAGUACUGUAAUAUGUUUGGUCUCGUCGCAGCUCUGUGGUGUACUGUGUUUGCCCGUCUCGUCUUCUCACUCGUCAUCGACUUGCUCAUCACUUUCAAGUCAUCCUCCAAAACGCAGGCUGGUUUCCUGAAACAUUAAUUCUGUGUUUUGAACAAAGACAAAAGCAGAUUAAAAAUCAUUUAACCAAUGCUUGAGGCUUUUUAGAAACUUUCCAGUAGCAAUAGUUUGAUUUUGCCUCGUAAUGAAUGAAAAAGUAGAACAGCUUGAAAUCGAUUCAGCACUUUAAGAUCCCACAGAAGAAAAUCUGUGAACAUGAAAUUUGGAAAAACCAGAAACCAGAGCUGCAUUUCUGGAGCCUAAUUUGUCCAUAUUAAGCCUAGAAAUGGCUCACGAUGUCAUAGUUGUAUAUUUUGCCCAAGAACAUACAUAGGCCAACUUCUCUCAAUACCUCAGUAAAUCAUAGUUUGUUUUGCGUUCGGACUCAUUUAGAACUGCAAUGUCCAUCCAUAAAGUGUCCAUCUUUGUUGAGUGCAUGAAAUCUGCAGUGUCCAAGAAAAACUUAUCAGGGAGUGAGGUCCCAUACUUCGAUUUCUUCUCACUUUAUUUUUUGUAAUUAAAACGACUGACUUAAUCAUUUUUGAAUUGUUACCAAAUUAUUUUGUUUUUAUUUAAGAAGGUAUAGAUUGAUGUUUUUGGAAGAAAAUGUAAUAAAAAUGUCAUUUGAUGCUGA